GCAGUAUUUAAAAGUUUUUCCCCUCUAUGGGACUGAAACAAUCAAAGAGACCUGAAAAAAACAUGAUCUUUGUAAGAAACAAUGAAAGUGACAAGAAGCGUCGCUUGUCCUGCGAAAGCAGCAGCGGCGCUUCUCCUACUGCAAAGCGUAGUCGCGGUGGAUGCCAGCCAGUAGAGAAGCAAACAAAUUUAUCAACAACUAGUGCUUUUGAACAACCAACAAAGAAUGCCCUUUUCGGUCUCUUUUACAACAAUCUACAAGCUACUAAUGAACAACCAGCUCCAGCUGACUCGUCGAACGAAACAUUUACUGGACCUUCGAAUCUUGGCUUUUCGCAUGGUGUAGAUACUUCGAAGAAGAACAAUCCACCGUCAAUUAGACAGAAACUAAUGCGUCUGAAAUCGUCUAGAAAAUAAAGAGCUUUCAUUUGAUUCGUUUGUUCUUGGGAGUUGUUGUUUUUUGUACGUAUUUCUUACACAAAUGAAUAUGAUGACUUUUGAAAUAAAACUAAAAAUUACAAUGAA